UGCGAUGCAGUCCGAACUAAGAGACUGGGAUCUUGAAACUACCUCAGAUGAGAGUCUAGAUGGAGGGAGGAGAAGGGGAGGGCGUUAUGGAGGCGUAUAUAAAGGUGACGAUAUCGCCAUCUUCACAGCGCUACUCAAGGCAAAAUGCGUCUAUCAGCCAUCGCCGUCGCUCUCUCAGCCGCAACUCUUGCGAGUGCAGAACUUACGUUCAACAUUACACAAGCACUACAGCCUGGCAACUUUGCAAACGACAACGACAAGCUCCUGGCACUCAUGCCUCCAGUCACUGCAAAGUGUCUCAAGUCAUGUCAAAUCGCCGCCAACAAAGCUGAUGGCUGUGCCGAGAACGACUUUACGUGCCACUGCGUGAACUACAACACCUACUCUAACCUCAUCGAACCAUGCGCCUUCGCACUCCCUAACAACCCCGCUACAAACCCGCCCUGCGACCAGAACGCGCUCAUCGCCGCCCGGCCGAUCAUCCAGGACAUGUGUAACUUCUUCAACGCGACGCUGUAUGCGGAUUACCGCAAGUGUCCGCAGAAGCUGAGCAAGAAGAAAACGUAUAGUAUCAUUGCAGAUGAGGAGGUCGAGUGUAGGUACUAGAGGUAGGGUUGAUGGGGAGGGGUGAGAGAUGGAAGUAGUUGUGUGCGAUUUUUGUACGUACACGUUGUUGAAUACCAGUUUGUUCAGCUACUGCCUAUU